GCGUGCGAAAUCUCCACCUCAGGGAGGUGGUCUGACACAUCAUGAACUCGAAAGCAAACGGAUCGGGCUGUUCUCUGGGACUCAUUGCACAGAGGGAAGGAAGAAACCACUGAAGAUAUGGAUCUUGAAAUAUUAAGCAUUAUUGGGUGUUAAUGCUUGACAAACAUGAGCCGUAUGAAAGAAAACACUAGAAUGACAAAUAAACCAGAAAUCCAUGUGUUUUGGGGUGCACCCCAUCCUGCAUCACUGUCUGAGGAUGUCUCAGAGGAAAGAUCCUCUCAGUGGAGGACUCUAGAACUUGGAUGGAGUCAAGGAAGGUUGAGCUGUAAGAAGAAAAUCAGUGAAACACAAAGACAUUCUGAAUCUGAUGGUGACCACCCACUGAAUGCUCAUGGCACCAUAGACACUGAUGGUGCUGCAAAGGCCGUAGGUCAGUUGAGCCCAGUAACUGUUCAGGAGAAGCAAAACUUUUCAGGCUCUCAUGUGAGUCAUAGGAGCAUGUCUGAAGAUGAGCCCACACCUUCAGUCCCCCAGUCCUCUCUGGAAAAGGUAACAUAUCCAGCACAGUAUGACUUGUGUCCUGGGGCAGUAAGUGAAUACUUAGACGGAUGCUUUAAUCCUCCACCUUCCGGCCCACAACCUGAGUUUGUGAACAGUUGUCUUAAGCCAAGUUCUGCUAUGUCUGUGGAGACAGAAUAUCUAAGCAUCUGGACCAGGAGUCAGGGUUUGCUUCUGAGAAGCAGAGUGCUUCUGCAACCUGAAACUGAUUCACUCAGAACACCUGGAUCUUCCCAGACACCACCAAAGCAAACUCCCUCAGUCUCCUUGGGCUCCCCAGAGCUCUAUAGUCCAGAGGUCAGUCCAGGGAAUAGAGGCUUGGGGGGAACCCUACAAGGCUCAGCGGAGUUUUUCUGUGGGACUCUGAGCCAGAAGCAUCAGGAAGGAGGUGUGAUUUUGGAGUCAACACCUAAUGGAAUUCUGUGGUCUCAGGCCAGCCCUCCUGGCCAUACUGAGGUACCUAAAGGGAAGAAAGAGUCUGAACCUAUUGAUGGCUCCCCAGACACAUCAAUAGAAGUGUCACCUACUCCUGGAAGCUCUAAACAGGCAAAGCUGUCGCCAGUCAAAGCCAAGAGCCAACAGGGAACAGCGCAGAGAAGAACGGUACCACUUUAUGGGCCCACCACCCUACUCUCUAGGUGUAAGAGUCAUGGUGUGAGUUACUCCAUCUUGGUUGCUGUAGUGCACCCAUGGCAUCUGAAGGAGAUCACAGCGAAGUCUGGAGCGUCAGCCGGAUCCACUGUUCCGCUGGCCACGGUGAUCGUUACUGACCAAUCAGGAGUGGAAAUGAAGGUGGUUCUGUGGAGGGCAGCAGCAUUCUGGGCACUGACGGUGUUUCCAGGAGACAUACUACUCAUCAGAGCAUUGGGUGCUGCUUUGCACCUGUACAUCACCUGGUGGAGCACGGUGCUAGUAACACCAAGGUGGUGGGUUCAGUCCCCAGGUGAGAACACACGAGAGCACCUGCCAAAUGCUGUAAAUGUAAAUGCUUUCACAGGCUUGAUGGUACAUGUGUAUAAAUGGCGAGGGGAAAGAGUCCUGCAGUCUUCCUACCAGAGCAGCCUGUUGAACCUGGGCCAUGUCGCUCAAAGUCACACUCUCCAAGCUCCACAGAAUGUAAAUAUUCAUACGCUGAGAGAACUGUGUGCUCAUCUGCAUAUGAAGCACCCUCUACUGGUGGAUCUACCUCCUCGCACUGCCCAGGACCCUCACUCAAUCCCCUUCACCCGUCUCUGCUCUCUGCGGCCUGAUACUCUCACUCAUGCGCUGCUGAGAGUAAGACACGUCAGGACGAUUGCAGCCUGGCGUGAUGAGGUGGAAGGCACAUCCCGCACAGGCCGCAUGCUGAAAGCCGUGCUGGCUGUUGAGCAGGGCGAUGGCAGCCAGGGGGCGCUGGUUCUCUGGGGAGCUGCCUUGUCCUGGCUACAGCUCAUAUGUGGGAACAAGGGUGCGGUUUGGGAAUUCCGGCUGCUGCUGGUCAGGCAGGACAUCACCUCUGGCCUGCUGGAGCUCCACUCCACGCCAUGGAGUUCCUGUCAGGCUCUCGGCCUGGACGAGCCACGGUGCCGAGAGUUCUACCCUCUGUUGAAGAGCGCCCCCAGCGGCGCCAGCAGCUUUGAGAUUGACCUGCACACGCUCCUGUCCCAGAAGUACACAGGUGAUGUGGAGCUGAGGGUUAAAAUCACCGCAUUCCAGUUCCAGAGCACCGUGUCCCAGGAUUCAGUGCAGCCAAUGGAUGGAGAGACGUCUCUGGAGAGGAUCCUGGACGUUGUGUCUGGAGACAUCACUUUUACUGGCUGUGGCAUGUGCUGUGCAGAGCUGGACACAGAUGAGAAUGGAAUCUAUAGGCCCUGCUACCCCUGCCUCCCUCAUACAGGAGUACGCCGCUAUUACAGGCCGGUUGUUCUGACCGUAAGGGAGGGAGAGAGUCGGAUCUCCGUGUAUGUCCCUCCUAGUCUUGUGCAGAAGAUCCUGUUGAACACCCCACCAGACCAGCUGAACAAGAGUACAGGCUCUGUAUCGGAGGAGAGGUUUGUCCAGGUCGUGGCCAAGAGGAUCCACUCCAUGCUGUCCACUCCCCGAACCACGUUUCACCUGACCCUACACAGCCAUUUCCAAUGCGAUGAAAACGGCGUUCCUGUCAUGCAGAAUUUUUUACUGUUAGACUUUGAUUCACAGGAAGCAUAAGGACUUUAAUUGUACCUAAUUGUUUAGUUACUAAUGUGUAAUUAAUACACACACCCACAUUUUAUAUAU